AUGCCCUACUCACAUCACAGUCACUCUGGGCAGUUCUGUGGACAUGCGAAGGACACUCUGGAGAAUGUUGUGCAAGACGCAAUAGCGAAGGGUUUCCACACUUUUGCCUUGACGGAGCAUAUACCACGACCAAUUGAGGACUUUUAUCCUGAAGAGACCGAUAGCCAUACGGUCGAGUCCCUUGCAAAGCUUUUCGACGAUUAUUUGGUUGAGGCAGAGCGCGUGAGAGAAGCCUAUUCGUCCCGAAUCAAACUUCUGAUAGGCUUCGAGUCUGAAUGGAUUCGUCCGUCAACGCAUCAGCUGAUACAAGCCAUCUUCAAGAAACAUGCCUUCGACUUUUUCAUGGGAUCGAUACACCAUUGCCAUACGAUACCCAUCGACUUUGAUCGGGCUACCUAUGAGCAAGCUCGUGCAGCUGCAGGUGGAACGGAUGAGAGACUUUUUGAGGACUACUUCGAUGAGCAGUACGAGAUGCUCCAGGCCUUGAAGCCGCCUGUGGUCGGACAUUUCGACUUGAUCAGGCUGCUCAGCGAUCAUCGGGACGCUGACUUCGAGGGCAUGGAGGGUGUUUGGAAGCGGAUGCAGCGCAACCUGGAAUACAUCGCUUCCUACAGCGGAGUUCUAGAGCUCAACUCGGCAGGCCUUCGCAAAGGUCUUGCUGAGCCUUACCCUUGCUCGCCUGUGUGCCUGGCGUUCCUUCGCAUGGGUGGUCGUUUCGUCAUGAGUGAUGACAGCCAUGGCACAGAUCAAGUCGGGACCAAUUACCCUCGCUUGUUGAAGUUUAUACAAAAGGUCGGCAUCGGGGAGGUGUUCUACGUUGAUAAGGACGCUACGCCCACGGACAGCCGGUGUUCGGCGGGAUUCUCAAGCAUCACCGUGGACAACUUGGUCCGGUUGCCUUUUUGGACAACAGCUCAGUAG